ACAAUAUAGUCAUGUGAUAUAUAAAACAAAUGACAUUAACUUUAAGUGACAUGCCGCUGUGCGGUUGUCUGACCUAGAUUCGCGCAUAUCAGUCAUCUCCGAGUUGGUGCACCGAUAUAGGUCUCCAACAUGUCGUCAGAUAACAGCGAUGAAAAGUUCGUAAUGGAUCCCGACCAUGGGGAGAUACCCGAUCUGAGAAAUUCGAAAGGCCACGGAUUCUACUGUUUCAAGCAUGAUGGGGUGUAUUUGUACAUAGUGCAUCCCUCUGUGCUAAAGGGAGUUCGGCCUGCAGACCACCUCAGGAGUAUCAAAGAAGCCGAAUUGAAAGACGAUGACAUCUUUAUAUGUGCAUAUCCCAAAUGUGGAACCCAUUGGUUGUGGGAGGUUAUCGAGAUGCUAAAGAGUGGUACCAUCAAGUAUCAAAAGGAUGUCAAAGAGACCCGAAUGUUGGAAUUAAUCUCCAAAGAUGGAAUAGAAGCAGUGCCACAGCCACGUGUCUUCAACACCCACCUCCAUCUGCGCAUGCUCCCUAAACAGGUUGUGGAGAAGAAGAUCAAGUGUUUCCAGAUCAUGCGGAACCCUAAAGAUGCCUGUGUGUCCUUCUUCAACCACUGCAGGGACAUGACUCCACCUUAUGAUUAUGAAGGAGACUUCGUGGAGUUUACAGAGGCGUUCUUGUCAGAAAAAAUGGCGUUUGGGUCCUACUCCACCUAUCUGCUAUCAUGGAAAGCCGAAGUGGCAGCUGCACCAGAGUUACCUGUCCUUGAUUUGUUCUACGAGGACAUGAAAUUUGACCCUGUCAAGACUGUGAAAGACGUCGCCAGAACAGGUUUCCUAGGCCUGUCAUCAACGGACCAGUUCUGUGAAGAGGUUGCGGAUGCUUGUUCCUUUAAGAAGAUGAAAAAGGUUGACCAGGAAAUGAAAGGUGACGCUCCCAUCAAGAUCUGGGCAGAUGGCAAAGAAGGGACAUUCUACAGAAAGCUGUUCUGUCUCAUAUUUGGCUUUAAAAUAGAUGAACCAUUUACCGGUCAACUGGUUGACAAACGUAUGCCUGCUGCCAGUACGCUUGAUAAUUCGUUGUCUGUUUCAGGUGAAAUCGGAGACUGGAAGAAUUGGUUCACUGUGGCAGAAAACGAGAGAUUUGAUCAAAUAUGGAAUGCCAAGAUGAAGGAUUCUGGGUUCAAGUUUACCUAUACACCCGUGUGAGAUCAUGUGAAGAUACUGGUUCAUGUUAUCCGAUACAGUGAAAUUUGUGAGACCCAAGACACUGAAUGUCAGUGAACGUAACGCAUUAACGCAACAAUUUGCGACAAUGUUUUACUUGUUGUUUUAGGCCGAACACUACGGGAAAUCUCUCAUGUACGUACAUUUUGUUUAUUCCUUUUAAAAUGUUUCAUUUUAUUGCAUUGUUAUAUCCUCUGUUUAUCAAACAAACCCUAAUUUUAACCUUGGUGUUUAUAGUUUCUUGCCUUGACUGGAACGUUGGCUAUGACAACUUGAGAAAUACUGUUGCAGAGCCCUGGGCCAGUCUCCGACUGUUAAAGUACCUAGGGUUGCAGUAUACCAAAUCUCUAUUUUCUGAUGGUGUUAAUUGAGCUGCAAAUAAUAAAGCGGCUUUGACUACGAGACAGCAAA